UGACAUGCGUGCUUCCACGUUUUUCCCAAUAAGAAUAGGCUUUACGUAGACAAUCACGUAGACUUCUAACGUAAUCGUUUUGUUUUCUUUUCUUAGUUUAGAAAUAGUCUUUGAGUCAGUUGAACUUUACCAGGAAAACUCCGAAAAGUAUUUAAACGAUAACAGCAGGUCUGCUAAACAUUUACUGUAAUCAUGGUGCUGGAUUUGGAUCUUUUUCGAGUCGACAAAGGCGGAGACCCGGCUAAAAUAAGAGAAAGCCAGGCAAAACGUUUCAAAGAUGUUACACUUGUGGAUAAAGUGGUUGAACAUGACACAAACUGGAGAAAAUUGCGUUUUCGGGCAGACUUGCUCAAUAAAUUGAAAAAUUUGUGUAGUAAAGAAAUAGGUGACAAAAUGAAGAAAAAGGAGCCUGUAGGUACGGAUGAGACACUUCCUGCAGGAAUUUUAGACAAGCUGGAUGAUGUCUUACCAGAGCAACUGCAGCCUCUGACUGUAACUCAACUAAAGCAAGUGAGACUAGCUAUAGAUGAACAGAUGAAAGAGAAUGAUGCUCAGCUUGUUGUGGAGGAAAAAGAAAGAAAUGAAGCGCUGAAAGAAAUAGGAAAUCUACUGCAUGAAUCUUGUGUCAUUAGUAACAAUGAGGAUGACAAUGGUAUUGAAAGAACUUUUGGUGAUGUUGUAACUAGAAAGAAAUACUCUCAUGUUGACUUGGUUGUCAUGAUAGAUGGAGCUGACAAUGAUAGAGGUGCUGUCACAGCAGGAGGACGAGGUUACUAUCUCAAGGGACCACUAGUUUUUAUGGAACAAGCUCUGAUCAACUUAGCCAUGUCCCUGUUACAUGAGAAAGGUUAUGUUCCUCUUUACACUCCAUUCUUCAUGCGCAAAGAAGUGAUGCAAGAAGUAGCACAGUUGUCACAGUUUGAUGAAGAAUUGUACAAGGUUGUUGGCAAGACAACAAAGGAUGAAGGUGAUUUAGAUGAGAAAUACUUGAUAGCCACUUCAGAACAACCUAUUGCAGCAUACCAUCGAGAUGAGUGGAUUCCCACUGAGUCACUGCCUAUAAAAUAUUUGGGUUACUCUUCAUGUUUCAGGCAAGAGGCUGGUUCACAUGGCCGAGACACAAGAGGAAUCUUCCGUGUUCAUCAAUUUGAAAAAGUGGAGCAGUUUUGUAUUACCUCUCCAGAAGACAACAAGUCUUGGGAGAUGUUUGAAGAAAUGAUUGGGAAUGCUGAAGCAUUUAACAAAGCCUUAGGAAUACCUUACAGGGUAGUGAAUAUAGUUUCAGGGGAACUCAACAAUGCUGCCUCAAAAAAGUUUGAUUUGGAAGGCUGGUUUCCAGGAUCUGGGGCAUUUCGAGAACUUGUAUCCUGUUCAAACUGUUUAGAUUACCAGUCAAGGAGACUGAGGAUCAGAUAUGGCCUGACUAAGAAGAUGGGUCAAGAGACUAGCUAUGUCCAUAUGUUGAAUGCAACCAUGUGUGCCACAACUAGAACUCUAUGUGCCAUUCUGGAAAACUAUCAAACUGAAGAUGGUGUCAUUGUCCCUGAAGUUUUGCGCAAGUACAUGCCUCCAGGUUACAAUGAGAAGAUUCCAUUUGUCAAACCUGCACCUAUUGAUGAAAUAGAAGCUAAAAAGAAGAAAGGAAAAAAAGGAAAUCAGAAUCCAGCAGAGCCAACUGAGCCCUAGAUACAACUUUUAGUUCCUCAAAUGAUAUUUAUUUCCUCCUGUCAUGAUGUUUUUUGAAUUGCUUAAGUAACAGUUUCAUUGUUCCAUGACUGUAAUGCCAACUUUUAUUUCAGCAAUACAUUCAUUUUUUUUUUUAAUCCACCACACAUAAAAAAAAUGAGAUGAGAUAAAAGUGUUUUAGGUCUGUCCUUUAUUGGACAUAAACCAAUAUUUGUUCCUUUUUUUUUAGUCUCAUGCAUUGUUUAUUGCAGUUUGUGUAAUGUAACUUAAGCAUGUUUUUUUGUUUCACACACAAAGAGCAAACGUUUACAUUGUACUUAUUGGUUUUCAUAUUGCUGAGUUUUGUUUUGAAUGGACUAAGAAAUAGAAGAACUGAAAAUGUACAAAGUAGGUUUACUUUGUUAGAUCACAUUUAUAUGUAAUUGUGUCAUCUAACUUAGUGUAUAAUCUAAUAGCUGUAUUCUAGUGAGUGGUAAUAUUUGGGUAUCCUGGUUAACUCUCUAAUUAUUUUUGUUUAUUUGGGACUUCAAUGUAUUAAAAGUCAAACUGAUUAAAAAUUACAGCUUUGUUAAAAUACAAAACCUAAUUUUCAUUCUAUUUUACCCUGUGGUCUGUAGGGUAUCCCUAAUUAAUUACAUUUUUUAAUAAUAUGCAUAUCUAUAUAAUAAAUACAUCUAAAAUUAGUAAAAAAAAAAAAAAAAAAAAAAAAAACUUUUACAUUAAUCAUUGGAUCUAGUGGGUUGUUUUGACUUAUUGGUUUAGGAAAUCUAAUUCCUAUUACUAAAUAGCAACAACAGUACACAUGUGCUGUGUUGGAUAGAUGUUUCAUUCUUCAGUGAGUUGACCUGAGCGAUCCUGACAACUCUGUAACAAUUGAAAUUAAACUUAUUGAAUAAGACAAUGUUUAUAGAUGAAGUUAGCUGUUGACUUGCCAUCAAGCCAUGGACACCAUUGUUUUGAAUGUCCCUCCAGACAGUGAUGUAUUUAUCUCAAGUGUUUGUUGUCUUAAUAUUAAAAUAUUUCAACAUAUUCUCA